UCGCUCUAAAUUCGUGAUAAUCCCGCGCGAAAGUGGGGUUAACUUCCUUUUAUCCGGUACGAGAAAUUGUGAGUACACAUCACCAACAUGGUGAAGAUUAUGAAGACUGGGAAAGUCGUGCUGGUCCUCAGUGGCCGGUACGCAGGGAGAAAAGCCAUCGUUAUGCGCAACUAUGAUGAUGGAACUGCAGAAAAACAGUAUGGACAUGCUAUGGUUGCAGGCAUUGACCGGUACCCACGCAAGGUCCACAAAAGAAUGGGAAAGGGAAAGUUGCAUAAACGCUCUAAAAUCAAAGCUUUUGUUAAGAUUCUAAAUUACAACCAUUUAAUGCCAACGAGAUACACAGUAGAUUUACAAUUGGAUAAAGUAGCUCCUAAAGAUCUUAAAGACCCAAUGAAACGCAAGAAGGUCCGUUUCCAGACACGUGUCAAAUUUGAGGAGAGGUAUAAAAAUGGUAAGAACAAGUGGUUCUUCCAGAAGUUAAGAUUCUAAUUGUUUUUAAAUAAAAGUCUGAUAUACAGAUAUAAAAAAA